CCUGCGAUGCCUCUGACUCGAUUGUUCAGUCACAAAAUCUGCACUGCAUGUCUACGUCGUUGCUUCUACUACAUAUCUCUCCCCAUUAUUUAGAGGAAAUGAACAGAUAUUUAUUGAUAGACACACAGAAAAGCUAGUAUCCUAGGCCCUCUCUGUUUUCGUUCUUUCUUCGAAACCUUCUCUCUCUAUCGCUAUAUAUAAGCCAAAUCAAUCUCUGAGGUUUUUUUGUGUUUGUCAUACACGAAACCAAGCGAGAUUUUGAUUUGAAGCAAUACCCUUCUAAAAAGUUUUGGUUUUGGUGAUCAAGAUGGCUAUACAAGCUCAGUCUCCAUUGUUGGGUACACGGGAUUUGAUGGAGAAUGGUUGGGUUAAUCAAUCAUUCUUUGAUCUUCAACAACAACAACAGCAACAACAAAAGAUACGACAACUUCAACAACAGCAGCAGAUUCAGAACCAGCAACAGAUGUAUCAAAAUCAGAAUAUGCUUGUCUCCAAUUCCUUGAAGAACAACAUGGUAAACACCAACACCAUCAACAGUCUUCCUUCAAUGCCUUUCUAUCAAAGCAUAGCCGCUCAGGAGGAGAAACAAAGACAGGAAAUGGAUCAAUACAUCAGAUUACAGAAUGAGAGAUUGAGAUUGAUGUUGAGGGAGCAAAGGAAGCAACAAUUGAGUAUCGUUUUGAAGAAAAUGGAAUCAACUAUACUGCCCUUGUUGAGGCAAAAAGACGAAGAGAUAGCACAAGCGACCAGGAGAGCAUUGGAGCUUGAAGGUUUAUCGAAGAGAUUGGAGAUGGAGAACCAAGCGUGGCAGAGAAUAGCACAAGAGAACGAGGCCAUGGCUGUUUCUCUAAACAGCAAGCUUGAGCAAUUAAUAGACAUCAACAACAAUGUUUAUUGUGGUGGCUUCAAUGGUGGUGAAGCAGAGGACGCUGAGUCUUGCUGUGAUGUGGAUGAAGAGAAGAAAACAGAGGUGAACAGAGAGGACCAGACAACCAUGGCGUGCAGAGGAUGCAAGUCUAGGAAUUGUUGUGUUUUGUUCUUUCCUUGCAGACACCUUUGUUCAUGCCAAGCCUGUGAAGCCUUUCUUGAUUCGUGCCCAAUUUGCAAUACUGUAAAGAACGCCAGCAUUGAAGUUUUGCUUUAGUCAAAUUUUCCGGGAAAAAGUGAAUGUCGGAGAAAACAGGGAAAGAAAGUCUUGCGAACGGGUUGGGUUUAGCCGUUUAGAUUAUGAUUAGGACCCAGUUGGACAGAUCAACUUUUUUUUUUAGGGUUCAGUUUUUAAUUUUGUACAUCAACCAGUUUGAACAGAAUUUCAGGACAGAGAACAAAUUUUACCUUGAAUGGGGAUUUUCAUUGUGUCUGUAUAUAUUUCUUUUUCUUUCGUAUCAAAUCUUCAGUCAAAAUGAAAGGGACGUGGAAAAGACAAAUAAA